AUGGUUCGAGCGUCAGACGUCCUCCUCAUCCUGGUCGCCAUUCUUUUCCCUCCAGCCGCGGCUGCAUUUAUUACUGGCUGCAGCUGUGAUCUGCUUAUCAACAUUCUCCUGACAAUCCUAGGAUACCUCCCUGGACACAUACACGCUUUCUGGCUUAUCUACAAGAAGAUGCAGGCUGAGGAGCGUUAUGGUCGCGGUGGAUUCCAAUAUGUUGGAAAUGGCACGUAUGAGCCGUUGUAUGAUGGCCAAGGUAUAGCACCUGGCAUUCAAGCACCUGUCAACUACGGCGCCACUGCUGGAGGCCACUAUGUUCGGUGA